AUGUCGGAGGCACGGCAAUACGCCACAGACGCCGCUCGUGAGACGACCGAGUUCGGAUCGAAGCGGUUCCAUGAUAAAAUCGAUCAACCAAACCACGAGACACAUCAAAAUGAGUCCCAUCAUGAUGCGGGUCCUUCGGGGUCCAGCUCUCAGUUCGUCUUACCUCCCCGGGAGGCCAAAGUGACAGAUGUCGAAGUCAAAUCAAACGAUCACAAGAAGAGCAGGGGGUUGUUCAAACUCAAACAGCAAGUCUCAGGACUUCACUCCAAGCCGGAGCCUACUCCUCCUAUCUUGAUGUCUAAGGAGAUCAACCCCAGCAAUGCCAACGGCAACAGUCGCGGCCGCAAUGAGCCCUAUGUUGAUACACCACCAGAAUCAGACACCGAGGGUAGCGACAUUUCCUCAAUCAGUGAAGAUAGCGUUAACCCUGAGAUUCAUGAGAGCAAGGCCGAGACAUCGGUGGUUUCCGUUGAAUUCACCAUCGAGGAACUCGACCCGCUAGAUGACUCUUGGGACACCCUGGAAGUCAUUCAUCCCUAUAACAUCGAGUAUCCUAGACGCCGGACCAGCUCCUUUCACAAGGAUUUGGAUAAGGCGCUCGUGGCCGACCUACAAAAUCUCGCUUGUUCGGACUCAGGCCCAGACUUAGAUGAAGAGGAAGACGCCUUUUUGAGAAAACAGAGAAUCCUCCGCCGUCGCAGACUGACUAGCAACCAAUCUUUCGGCAAACGAACCCAUGAAGAACAUGUUAACUGGGACGACGAUGACGAGUUGAGUGGCGGCGAUGAACAUCGGGGCAAUCGUAAAAUGCAGAAGAGGGUCCACAGGAGCUCGUUACUGUUCAAAAAUCCGCCAGCGCCGUUCAUAGAGCCCUUUGAGUCGGAUUCCGAUGUCGAAGACGAUCUGGAAAGUCUCUUCUCCUCAUUCAGUGCAUCAUCGAUGGAGUCCCUCACAACCCUUGAUCAGAGACAGCGCAGCGGUGUAACUCUCCUUACUGAACUGCUCUUCAACCACAGAGAGUUGAGUCCGCUGUACAGACUGGCCAUUUCCCGGGUUGAAAUCGGAAAGCUGAGAACACAUCUCUAUGGUUUCUUUCGGAUAUACGGCAAGGAGCUGCACCGAGAAGCAAGUGACGAGAAAGAGAAGCUAGCUGCACAGUUCAUCCGCAGAUGCGCCAGGCUUCUCGCAAACGCUAUCUGCCAGAGCCUUCAGUCCGAGAGCGGCGAAGAAGACUGGUCAUCUCUGCUGUCUGUUGAACGUGUUUCCAUGGAGCAGAACGUCAAUGAGUGGAUCAACGCGUCAUUGACAAACGUGGAAGGUCUGAUGCCGCAGGCUCCCGAAUGUGAGGAUAAAAGAGUAGUUGAAUCUUCGAGGGCUGAAAUGGCCUCUUCUGAAUCAAGUAACGAGGACUACGAGGUCGUCUAUCAAGAGGCAGAAGACUAUCUGUUACUUAGUGAAGUAGAACAUUUCAUCUUGUCCGCGGAUGCCUUUUCAAAUCUCAGACUUGCACUUAGGUCCUGGUUGAAUCUGGAUGACGGCGACCCAGCAGACCCGAAUCCCAAAGCGAACGAAGACAUGGCGCCUCUAGAGGCUGAUCCCAGCACUCCUUCUUCGAAACAAACUAGCCAAAUGUUUCUAGCUCUUCAAUCUAAAAUUUGGAGAGCGGGGAUGACAAUCUUUCGCAAUAUACAAAAUGUCUUUGUUCUUACUGGGUUUCGAGAGCCUGAACUAGUCGGCGGAUACCAACGUGUGCGCUGGAAGAAUAACAAAGGGAAGUCGAUCUUUGAAGACUAUGUGGAAAAUGAACCAGGAGCAUUGCGGGCGCUUGAGGCGUAUCUCAACACCAGUGCCUAUCAGAAGAAUAACACUGGGUCUAUAUCAGCCAGUUCUUCUUCAAACGAACAGAGAACUCACAAUACUAAGAGCUCGGCUUCAGGCUCCAAUAGUUCUAAUACACUCCCAACAAAUGUCUCUUGUCACAGCGGUCAAGGCAUAGGCCCCGAUGAGACUACAGCAGCAUUCGAAAGGGACAUCGAACUGACGGCCUCUCCUUCUGAAUCGCUCCACCUGUUUACUUGCAUUGAACGAGGAUUUCACAAGUUAGAUUUUCAUCAGAAGAUUAUCACGAAUAUUCCAAAUGAUCAAACACUGUUUGGUUCCUUACGAGAGGAGUAUUAUUGCGGAUAUCGGGGAAGUUGGAGACGGAUUGUUUCACUCCGGGCCAUUCAAAGCGUUCACUUCAUGAAGUUUCUAUAUGGCGGUCCUGGUUAUAUUGAUCCACGAUGCCAUGAAGAAGUGUGUGAAAAGGGCAAGCCAUGUGACUGCAUCCCACCGUCCCGGCUCGUCUGCCCGACUGGAACAGAAUAUAAAUGCAGCCCGGUCCCCGCGAGACUGUCACCCCCUGUUGGGUCACGGCUCAUGAUGGACUUCUUUACUGACCCAGCCGGCAUUUCCAAGAAUUCUACAUUUGUCUUGCAGCAGCUUCCUAAGAGGACGUAUGGCGAGCUACGGAAGGAACAAGGGGAGUUGGUUGAAGCUUGGGGGAUUUACUUCAAGGAGGGCUGGAAUUGGUCUAGGAUAUGGUGGGUUCUUGGAUUAGCUGUCUUCCCGCCAAGCUUACUGUUUGGUCUUCUAUGGAGUGUUCUGAGACAGGAUAUUCAAGGUGCGUUUGGAGUUGCCAGCUGGUGGCUGACUUCGGCCACAAUUCUCAUCGGGAUUUUGGGUACACAAGUAUGA